AUGGACAACGUUGGCAUAUUGGGUAUCGUCGCAUUGAUUUUAGUCAUGAUUGGAGUUGCUUCUUUGAUCAACAUUUCAAGGCAGAAGGAUGGACCAUCAAUGGCGGUGAUAUAA